GGGGCCAGAGGCGGCGGCGAUGGCGUCGCUGUUCGGAGGCGUGGAGGGCGGGGGCACCCACUCCAAGGUGGUGCUGGUGUCCGGAGAUGGGAAAAUCCUGGCCGAGACCGAGGGACCCUGCACCAACCACUGGCUGAUCGGCUCCGAGCAGUGCCUGCAGAGGAUCGAGGCCAUGGUCAGCGAGGCCAAGAGCAAAGCGGGCGCUGACCCCCAGGUGCCCCUGCGCUCCCUGGGGCUGUCCCUCAGCGGCGGGGACCAGCCGGCCGCGGUGGCCGCGCUGACUCAGGAGCUGCAGCGGCGCUUCCCGAGGCUGAGCCUGAGCUACAGCGUGAGCAGCGACGCGCUGGGGGCCAUGGCCACGGCCUCGGACCAGGGUGGCAUCGUGCUGAUCUCGGGCACCGGCUCCAACUGCAAACUCAUCAACCCCGACGGCUCCGAGGCCGGCUGUGGGGGAUGGGGACACAUGAUGGGGGACGAGGGGUCUGCGUUCUGGAUCGCUCACCGCGCCGUCAAGGCCGUGUUUGACUCCAUGGACAACCUGCAGGCGCCGCCCCACGACGUCGGCUACGUCCGGCAGGCCAUGUUCGACUACUUCCAGAUCUCGGACAGGAUGGGGCUCCUGACCCACCUGUACCGCUCCUUCGAGAAGGCCAAGUUCGCGGGGUUCUGCCGGAAACUGGCCGAGGGUGCCCAGCUCGGUGACCCCCUGUGCUGUCACAUCUUCACCAAAGCCGGCGAGGUCCUGGCUCGCCACGUGGUGGCCGUGCUGCCCAAAAUCCACCAGAGCCUGUUCCUGGGCGAGCUGGGGCUGCCCAUCGUGUGCGUGGGCUCGGUGUGGAACAGCUGGGAGCUGCUGCAGCAGGGGUUCGUGCAGGUGCUGGCCCAGGCUCGGGACGAGGCUCCGGGCCGCGCGUUCUCACGGUUCAGUUUGCUGAAGCUGAAGCGAUCCUCGGCGCUGGGGGGAGCGCGGCUGGGAGCGCGGAGCGUGGGGACGGCGCUGCCGCUGGACCGCGCUGGGAACGUGGAUGUGUUCUACAGUCACGAGUUCUGAACGUGGAUGUGUUCUACAGUCACGAGUUCUGAACGUGGAUGUGUUCUACAGUCACAGUUCUGAGUGUGGAUGUGUUCUACACUCCCAGCUCUGAGUGUGGAUGUGUUCUACACUCACCAGUUCUGAACGUGGAUGUGUUCUACUCUCACAAGUUCUGAACGUGGAUGUGUUCUACACUCCCAGCUCUGAGUGUGGAUGUGUUCUACACUCACCAGUUCUGAACGUGGAUGUGUUCUACACUCACAGUUCUGAGUGUGGAUGUGUUCUACACUCACCAGUUCUGAGUGUGGAUGUGUUCUACACUCCCAGUUCUGAGUGUGGAUGUGUUCUACACUCACAGCUCUGAGUGUGGAUGUGUUCUACACUCCCA